AUAAUUCUUGAAAUUUGAUCAAUUUAUCUAUUUUAAAAAAAAUGACUGAAGAAAUUGAAGAAAAUUUUGAAAUCGAUACAAAACGAAAUCGUUAUCCAUAUUGUAUUGUUUGGACACCCAUACCGAUUAUAACGUGGUUAUUACCAUGGAUUGGUCAUAUGGGUAUUGCCACAUCUCGUGGUAUAAUCCGUGAUUUUGCUGGUCCAUAUUUUGUUGCCGAAGAUAAUAUGGCAUUCGGUAAUCCAACAAAAUAUUGGCAAUUAGAUCCAAAUCUAGUCGAUGAUGGUAAAAAUGGCUGGGAUGAAGGAGUGGAAAAAUCGUCCAUUCUUUAUUGCAAACGAAUGCAUUAUCUUUGUUGGGACAAUUGUCAUUCACAUGUCGGGACAGCAUUGAAUUUUAUGCGUUACAAUGGUGAAUCAAAUCAUAAUAUGGUCAAAACAUUUUUUCAUUUUACAUUGAAUUGUAAAUAUAUUAGUUUUUGUGCAUUCCUCAAAACUUGGCUACCAUUCUGCAUAAUUAUCACCAUAAUCAUUUCAUUGGCAAUGUUUGCCAAUAUGGGACAUUGAUUAACCUGUUCAUCGGCCUUAUUCCGUUCUUAUUUAAUGUGAUGUCUUUUUUUUGUUGUGUUUAACCAAAUGAAUUUAUUAUCAUUCAUCCAUCCAGCAAUCCACCCAUUAAUUGAUUCGUGAAAAAAAAAUCUCCAUAACAAUAAUUGAAAAAUACAAUCUUUGAUCAAUAA